GCUGCCGCCGGGCCGCCCUCCGCAGCCGCGCGCCCCGCCCGCUCCAGCCGCCCCCGGGGCCGCCGCCGGCCCAUGAGCCCCGACCUCAAAGUUUGCGGCGGGCGGGCGGGCGCGGAGCCUCCAAGAUGCCGUUCCACCCGGUGACGGCGGCGUUGAUGUACCGGGGCAUCUACACCGUGCCCAACCUGCUGUCGGAGCAGCGCCCCGUGGACAUCCCCGAGGACGAGCUGGAGGAGAUCCGUGAAGCCUUCAAAGUCUUUGAUCGCGAUGGCAAUGGCUUCAUCUCCAAGCAGGAGCUGGGCACGGCCAUGCGCUCCCUGGGCUACAUGCCCAACGAGGUGGAGCUGGAAGUUAUCAUCCAGCGGCUGGACAUGGAUGGCGAUGGCCAAGUGGACUUCGAGGAGUUUGUGACCCUCCUGGGACCCAAGCUUUCCACCUCGGGGAUCCCAGAGAAGUUCCACGGCACUGACUUUGACACCGUCUUCUGGAAGUGUGACAUGCAGAAGCUGACGGUGGACGAGCUGAAGCGGCUGCUGUACGACACCUUCUGUGAGCACCUUUCCAUGAAGGACAUUGAGAACAUCAUCAUGACGGAGGAGGAAAGCCACCUGGGCACAGCCGAGGAGUGCCCCGUGGACGUGGAGACCUGCUCCAACCAGCAGAUCCGCCAGACGUGCGUGCGCAAGAGUCUGAUCUGCGCCUUCGCCAUCGCCUUCAUCAUCAGCGUCAUGCUCAUCGCAGCCAACCAGGUGCUGCGCAGCGGCAUGAAGUAGGCACACGCGGUGCCUGGGGCCCUCUCCGCACCCACGGCCGCCUGCAGUCCUCUCCCUCUCAGCUCCCGGGGCCACCGCCGCCACGUGUACUCCAGGGCCUGGACGUCUGGCAACCCCACCCCACCCGCCCCUGCGGGCCCUUGCAUGGAGCCAUGGCCCGGCCGCGAGGGCCCGGUGGCGGCUGAGGUCACCCCGAGCCCCGCCCGCACCCUGCCCACCCUGGCCUGUAUGUAGCACUAACUCUUCCCUCCUACUGUCCAGGAGCUCCUGGGAAACUUAGGAGGCAUUCGUACAGGGUCUGGUAGCCGCUGUGGUCACUUAGGCAGGAGGAGCACCCUGUGCCCAGGGCCACACAGCCAACCUGACCCUGGUCCCUGAGAUUUGCCCAGGGCUGUGGGCAGGGUAGAGAUGGGGGCAGAAGGCUUCCUCCUAGAGAGGGGGUGAGGCUGAGGUCUCCUGGGCCCUACUCCCUGGCCCAGCCUGAGGAGGCCCUUGGCCUUCUGUGGGGUCCCUUUCUCUGACCCUCCUUAGACUCAAACCUAGCCUUCCUCCAUGUGCCCAUUGAGGCCCAGAGAAUUUGCCCAUUUCACAGAUGAAGAGCCUGAGGCUCAGAGGGCCCCCAGAUUCAGUAUCCCCCUUCAACAGGGAUUUUCAGGAAGGGCAAAAGCUCACAGCAGAUGGGGCAUCUGAGGUGGCCCUGCAGUCUCUGCACCUUCUGAGCCCCCCUGCCAGAGCCCCACUGGCCUGAGGCCCACCUUGCCCACGAUUACCCAGCACAGAAUCUAGAACUAGAGUACAGCGAGGAGGGAAGCAGACCACGGGCUUGGAGGCUGCACAUUGCCUGAGCAGCCCGUGCAAUCUCCUCAUCAGCCAGGGGGCUCCUCCAGGACAGAAGCCUUGGGAGGGGCCCUGGGUCAUGUUGGGCUAAGGGGCUGGUGUAGCCCAGGAAGCUCAGCCAGGCCACUCCCCAAGUCCAGGGCGUGUCCUUCCGGGUCCCCCAACUUCUCUACACUGUCCAGGCCAGAGACACAGCUCCUACCACGCCCCAGUUGUGCCAUCUCACGUUCAGGCACCAGCUCAGCAUGGGCAGACACAGGGACUGGGACAGCAGACGGAGUCCUCAAGCUCCUCUCUCAGAUCUGGAGCUCCCUUUCACGGAGGUGACCAUCUCAGCCACACUGGUGCACCCUGUGCCCAG